UAACGGGUAUAUUGCCAGUCCGUCGUCAACGGUUGACAAAUUAUUGUAAACAAUACGGCCUAGGCAUGGACGACCUCCCUACUCUCGACGACGUUAACAUGACUACACCGACAGACGACAGCGAUAACAUGACGUUACCUAUACAGACGCAACCGGUUAACCCCGCGUCUUACACCGACGACGAAAUUCGUGACGUGACACGGCCUUCGAAGAGUAACUCCGGUACUUCAGCAACCGGCGCGAUUCGGAAACAACCACCGGAACCGCAACCUAGCCGAAUUAGCCCGCGAAAUAUACCGCCAGAAUUUCUUCUCGGCAAGAACGCACCGGCUAAACCGGCGCCCGUUCAGCAACCGCCUUUGAGACCACGGGAGUAUCACCCGGCGAAUCCGCAACCGUUCGACUACCGCACAGGGAAUUCUCUACAUUACGAAUAUCGCGACGCACCGCCGCUGCGGAGACCUGCCUUCCGCAAUCAAGGUUUCGAAGACAACCAGUAUAAUUUCCCGCGACCGAGCAUGAGUAGCAACUCAGUACCACCGUCUAGGCCGACAGCUCUGGCAGCCUACGAAGUUAUGAGAAAAUGGAACCUCAAGUUUUCAGGAGCGCGUAACGAGGACGCUGAAGCAUUUCUCGCACGUAUAGACGAGGGGCGAUCACUCAUUGACAUUCGCGACGACAACAAACGUGAAACGUGGCAUUCUUUCGCAGAGUUUAAAGCCGCGUGGCGUCGUAGGUUUGUCAAUCCCGAGUUACAGUUCGCAUUGCGGGAGGAAAUUCGUAGACAAACCCAGGGUGAAUCCGAGUCAGUUUCCGAUUAUUCAACAUACAUGAGGGCGUAUUUCGAUAGAUUGAGACCCGCGUGGGAGGAAGAUGAACAAUUAGAUUACGCAUACCGCAAUUUACUACCGCGAUUACAAAUUUUAAUUCGGCGAGACGAACUACAGGACCUUGAUGAAUUAGAAGACCUUGCGAGUCGAAUAGAAAUCAGCUGCCGGGUUGCAAGUAAUUACCAAGCACCGCCAACACCGGAACGAUCGGUACUACUCGAAUUAGCCUACCGCGGGCAAAGAAACCCAAGCCCUUCUCGCAAUAAUUUCGUAACACUCAACUUUUUCGAGGAAGACCCAGAACCCGAGACGGGACUAGCCAACGCGACCCAAUCUGCUCAAUCGACACCUAAUCGUGGCACACAGGGUAAUAGACCCAACGGUCGAAGUGCGCAACCACGUAGUAAGGCACCGCGAUUCAAUAGUCGAAACGACACCAGUGCGCCAACCACUCCUACCGCUACCACGGCUCACAAUCAGACGGAUACCGCAAACGUCGCGAAUAACUCUCCUGAGAUCGCUGGCAACCCUUUUCUGCCAAGUCCGAGACGUACGCUAAUCUGUUACCAGUGUAGAAAACCCGGUCACCGAUAUACGAAUUGUCCCGAACCCGCGACCGGUCUAUAUUGUUUCCGAUGUGGCAAAGUCGGAUACACUAAGGUGACGUGCCCGAACCAGUGUGCGUGA